UCAUCCCCCUCAGUUGAAGGACCAGAGUGGUCCUGGUGCCCCUCAGCAACCUCUGUCCCCAGCCCAGCUGCCUGAAGAGGCCGAGUGCCUGACGGUGCCCAAAUACAAGAGAGACCUGGUGCAGAAGCUGAAGAUCCUGCGGCAGGAACUCUCUCAGCAACAACCCCAGGCCGGCCACUGCCGCAUCGAGGUCUGCCGUGAGGAGAUAUUUGAGGAGUCGUACCGGCAGGUGAUGAAGAUGCGUCCAAAGGAUCUCUGGAAAAGACUGAUGAUCAAAUUCAGAGGAGAGGAGGGACUGGACUAUGGCGGGGUAGCAAGGGAAUGGUUGUACUUGCUGUCCCACGAGAUGCUGAACCCUUACUACGGCCUGUUCCAAUACUCCAGAGAUGACAUCUACACUUUACAGAUUAACCCUGACUCUGCCGUCAACCCGGAGCACCUGUCGUAUUUCCACUUCGUGGGUCGUAUAAUGGGCAUGGCGGUGUUCCACGGCCACUACAUAGACGGAGGCUUCACUCUGCCCUUCUACAAACAGCUGCUGGGCAAACCGAUCACGCUGGAUGAUAUGGAGUCUGUUGACCCUGACCUCCACAACAGCCUUGUCUGGAUCCUGGAUAAUGACAUCACUGGCGUCCUGGACCACACUUUCUGUGUAGAGCACAAUGCCUACGGAGAAAUCAUCCAACAUGAGCUCAAACCCAACGGCAAGAGUAUCCCCGUUUCAGAGGACACCAAGAAGGAGUAUGUCAGGUUGUAUGUGAACUGGCGUUUCCUGCAUGGCAUCGAGGCUCAGUUUCUGGCCCUGCAGAAAGGCUUCAAUGAGGUUAUUCCUCAACACCUGCUGAAAUCCUUCGAUGAGAAAGAACUGGAGUUGAUAGUGUGUGGCCUGGGAAAGAUUGACAUCUCUGACUGGAAGUCCAACACCCGUCUGAAGCACUGCACCCCCGACAGCAACAUCGUCAAGUGGUUUUGGAAAGCUGUGGAGUCGUUUGAUGAGGAGAGGAGGGCCCGGCUACUGCAGUUUGUCACUGGCUCAUCCAGAGUCCCACUGCAGGGCUUCAAGGCUUUACAGGGUGCUGCAGGACCCAGACUGUUCACCAUCCAUCAGAUUGAUGCUAAUACCAACAAUCUGCCCAAAGCCCACACUUGCUUCAAUCGGAUUGACAUUCCGCCCUACGAGAGCUAUGACAAGCUAUAUGACAAGCUGCUGACAGCGAUUGAGGAGACCUGUGGCUUCGCAGUGGAAUGAGAGACACAUUGGAGAGUGUGUUUGUGUGUGAACAUGUGUAACUGUGUGCAGGACUCUAUCAUUGUCACAGCGAUGUGCUGACAGGUUCACUCAGAGCCUGAUGCGUGCGUCUUCGACCAGCCUGCAGUCUUCCUCUUCUCUCACCGCUCUCCACAUUCUUCCCUUAUCAAUAUCUGUUUGAACAGCUGCUAGAGAGACAUCCCCUGUCAUCUAUUUUCUAUUCAUUUAUUUGUUUGGGUGUUUUUGUUUUGGUAUAAUGUGUGUGUGUGUGUGAAAAACAGAGAAAAUUAAGAUAAGAGCUGCAGCAUUUCUCUUAACAGCUGUGAGUUUGCUUAAAAAAAGAAAAAAAAAAUUCCCCGGUCAUCUCACUUAAAAUCGAAUCAAGAAGCAGUUCAUCAACGUACAGUUCAACAUCUUACAGAAGUGUUUCUGUAAAAAAAAGAAGAAAGACAUUGAUAUUUGAGAACAGUGAGUCGUUUUGUUUUGCAGUUUAAACUGAUUGAAUUGAACCUUGUCAUGCUACUGAAUCUUUAACACUGCAGGUAGCCAUAUCUUGUCCUUUAGUAGCCAUCCUAACCUCAACCAACACACCUUCCAAUCCUCAUGGCUGCAGAGUUGGUUUGCUUCAUCUUGUAGGAGCGCCACAAUUUCAUCCUACCUCAGUGUGUAAUGCUUUGAUAUUUGAGGGGUUUCAUUCCAAAAUGUCGUGUAUUCUCUUUUUGGAAAAGUAAUUUCAAUCAAAUUUAGAAUAGGAAAUAUUUAGUUUACAGCAAUGCUUCACAGUUAGUUUAACUGUCAUACCAGCAGUCGUUUUGUAGCUGUCAAACCAGAUAACUUGUGAAUAUAUAAUUUUGAAAUGAAACUCAUACAGACUGACUUGGAUGUGGGUCCGAUGUUUUGUGGCGUUUUUGGAGUCAAGCUUUUGGUGGGUUGUUUAAAGAUUAGCGACGGACUCUGGUUAAGAAGAAGCGUAUUUUUUUCCCCUGAAUCACUGCAUUGUGGCCACAGCUCUUGUAAAUGUGUGUGUCUGUAUGUUUCUGCAUGUGUAUACAAUUGUGUGCUUGUAUGCAAGGAAGGUAGACAUUUUACAGAUGAAUCCCCCACCACCUCUACUAGCACAGUCUCCUGUAUUUGAAGCUGCAGAGCUGAUGGAACCUCACUUUUUGAGCCUGGUUCGUCUUCCUUUUCUCUCUUUUACACAUUUGCCUCCAGCAGUUAACGAAGUAUGCAUGUUUUUUUAUUUUUUAUUUUAUCAAAUCCAGCAUAACCCAGCACACUUCCUGUCAGAUUAUAUGUGAAAAGGGCACAACUGUCCGAGGGACCAGGCUUGAUUUAAAAAGAAAAAAAGCUAUUCAAAGGCAAGUGACUAUUUUCAGUCACAUCAUCAGUUUAAAAAGGCAGAAGUAUUUCUUUCUCUUGUCACUUUAGAGCACUUUACAAACUGAGCAGUAAUGGCAGGAGUGCUUUCUUCACAUAAGAUUUAAAUAUAUCAUGUUUCAUUUGCUAUACGACUACAUUAGAAAUAUACUGAGUAAAAAGUAUCUAUACACCUGUAAUUUUUGAGUAUAUAUGUACAAAUACAUAGCUAUUUUGUAUAUUGUUGCUUGUUCUUUUUGUUCAGUUUAAAUGCAAGCAUGUUGGUGUCUGUCACAGACCUCUUUGCAUUCUCAGGUGAAGUUUUCCUUUUUGUUUUUUUUUUUAUGUUUUUCUUAUUUUACAUUUAUUAGGCUAGUAUGUGAGGAGCGGUAAAAUUGGUUUGAAUGGAAACUAUAUUUCAGAGGCCCUGUCUUUAAAACCCAUGAUAGAGUGUAAAAGUUGGCAGUUUAAAGUGACCUUUUCUUUUGGUCAAUCACUUUCACAUGUUAACACACACAUACCUUCAUAGGAGAACAUGAACGGUCAUAGUUGCUGCUCUGGAGGUCUUUGUCACCACUGAAUACCAAACAGCACAGACAACAAUAUUGUUUCAUAUGCACGGGGGAGGGUUGGUUGGUGGGUGGGGGGUGUACUGAAUGCUGAUUAUGGCCUCAAAUCCUCUCUGAGCUGCAAAUGUUGGAGGUUGACUGCUGCUGAACUCCUGGGUGCUACACGGUGAAAAUGUUCAACCAGAAUGAAACGUUACUAAGAAACCAGAGAGGCCAAAGUGAGGAGCCUCCAUCCAAAGAAAACCCUCUGCAUGAAUGGAUGCUCAAGAGAUAAAGCCUAUUUAUUUGCAUAAUUAUUACUCUUAGAAAACUUUUUUGACUUGGGAAAAUCAGCUAAAUGUUCUUUUUUUUGUAUGUGUAUACUGCCUGCAUUUAUUUGUAACCAUGAACAGUUUGUUAGCUGGUACUCCUGGAGGUUUUUCUUUUUUUUUUUUGUGGUCAUCAGAGAAAACGGAAACAAAACGGAGCACAUUGACAUUUUCAUCUUUGUACAGUUACAGAGAAUUUAUUUGAUUUUACCAUUUAAUAACUAACUCAGAGGCAGAAAUUAAAUGCAUUACACGUUUUUUUUGCACACAUUAUGCAUACUUGGACUCCAAGAUAUAAUCAGACACUUCCUUCUAUUUACCAAAUAGUUAAUGGACUGAUUCUUUUUUUUUUAUGUAGAUAACAUAUAUAUAUAUACACACAUUCUUGAUAUGCACACAUGUAUGUUUGUCCAGUGCACACAGUCCACUUCUGCUCUUUGUUAUUUCUUUGUUGGCACCAAGUUUUCUGGCUGGUUCAGUCUUCAGUGCAAAAGUGGGGGUUAAGUGCUUCCUGGCGAGGGGAAAUCUCACUUUUCCCCUCGGUUAAGCAGCCAAAUUGGUCAGACAUCCUUCACAAUUUUGUAAGUCAUUGUAAUUGUUUCAAGCUGUGAUAUAUAAUCAAUUGAUCUGACUAAUCUAAUUGAAUACAUUGAGUUCUGGCCAUAAUCAUGUACUUAAAUGAUGGUUUAAUUGGUUACAAGCCACAACAACCUGUAAUGUUCAGCAAACUCUCUCCCCACACUUUUAAGUACAAAUUUACAGGUUUACAUGCAAAUUUGUGUGUGUGUGUGUGUGUAAAUGAUUUUUGAUUGAAUUCAGUAUAAAACAGAAAAAAAUCUUGUUUUUUUUUUUGAAAAAAAACACCAUGUUUUAUUUCUUUUGAUUUCCUAUCUGUUUUUAUAUUUAUUAUUACAGUAUACGUGUUCAUAGUUUUUCACAUCAGCUGCUCUGUGAGCUUGUAACUGACACCUGUACAUAAGGAAAAUAAAGAAGAAAAGUAAUACACUUCUUGUACCCUUGCAGAAAGCUGAGCAAUAAAACUAUGCUGUUUGAACCUCACAGCAUUAUGUUUUAUAGAAC